AUACACAGUAGAGUAGACAACUAGACACAACGUUAAAUUAAUUACUAGUUUCUUAACGCUGUAUAAUUAUGGAUUCAGAACAGUUGUUAAAUCUUUUGGAUAUUAAAUGCUCCAUUAACACAUGGGACUUAAGUAAAGAAAACAAUAUUGAUCAUCAAAAAAUAAUUGGUGUUGUUAAUAGCAUAUUGGCAUUGGGAAAUAUUAUUACUGCUGAUCCAGUAACAAGCAAAUAUUGGGAACUUACAGACGAAGGAGAAUCCAUCUUAUUGAAUGGUAGUUAUGAGGUAAACCUAUUUAACGCUAUUCCAUCUGAUGGGAUACCUCAAAAGGAGUUAAUGUCAAUACCAAAUGCAAAAAUUGGAUUCAGCCAGGCAAUGUCAAAGGGUUGGAUAGUCAUUGAUCGAGCAGCAAACAAAGUGAUGAAAAAAGUCGAUUCAGUCUUUGAUAAGGUUAAAAAUGAUUUGAUGGAACUGAAAGCAUCUCAUGAUCAAAUUUCUGAAUCUGAUAAGUUGGAUUACAAAAAACGAAAACUUAUUCGCGAAGUUGUCGUAAAAAGUUUUACAUUAGGUAAGGGUCCAGAAUUUACAACAUCUAUUGUAAAAUUAGAAACUGAAUUAACUACAGAAAUGAUAUUAUCUGGUUCAUGGAAAUCAACUCCAUUCAAGUCUUACAAUUUUGAAGCCUUAGGGCAGCCACAAUCUGCUGGUUGCUUACAUCCUUUAUUGAAAGUUCGCUCAGACUUUCGUCAAAUAUUUCUUGAAAUGGGUUUUACUGAAAUGCCAACAAAUAAUUUUGUUGAAAGUUCAUUUUGGAAUUUUGAUGCAUUAUUCCAACCUCAACAACAUCCAGCAAGAGACUCACAUGAUACUUUUUUUUUGGACAACCCUCAAACUAGUGAAAACUUUCCUCAAGAAUAUUUAAACAAGGUAAAAACAGUACAUUCUAAAGGUGGCUAUGGUUCUCAAGGAUAUGGCUACGAUUGGUCUUUAGACGAAGCUAAGAAAAAUGUCUUGAGAACUCAUACUACAGCUGUAAGUGCUCGUAUGUUGYAUGGCUUAGCUAAGGAUUUUAAACCAACUAAGUACUUUAGUAUCGACAGAGUAUUCCGAAAUGAGACUUUGGAUGCUACUCAUUUGGCAGAGUUUCAUCAAGUGGAAGGAGUAAUAGCCGAUUACAAUUUAACCUUGGGAGAUUUGAUUGGUGUUCUUCACACAUUUUUUGAACGAUUAGGAAUGACUGAAAUUAAAUUUAAACCUGCUUACAAUCCAUACACAGAACCUAGCAUGGAAAUAUUUUGUUAUCAUCAAGGACUCAAAAAAUGGAUUGAAAUUGGCAAUUCUGGAAUGUUUCGUCCUGAAAUGCUGUUACCGAUGGGAUUACCAGAAAAAGUAAAUGUUAUAGCUUGGGGAUUAUCGUUAGAGAGACCAACUAUGAUUAAAUAUGGCAUUAACAAUAUUAGAGAUCUAGUUGGGCCUAGGGUUAACUUACAAAUGGUACAAGAUAAUCCAAUUUGUAGAUUAGACAAAUAAAUUAUAUUGAUAAUUUGUAUGAUKCUAAAAUAAACACAGUAUAUAUUUAAUAGUUUUCAUAAUACUUUUAAUUCCACUAUUGUAAUAAAUAAUACUUAAAGAUCUACAUCAUCUCUAAAAAACUCUUUCCAACAYUCUGUCAAUGUCUUUUCAGCAACAUCUUUUCUUUCUUUGUCGGACAUUGCAGAAAUUUAUUCUUUUAACUUUCUUACUUUGUCAAUAGUCUUGAGAAAAUUAAAAUCUCCUUCAAACAUCUCAGCUAAAGUACAAAUUUAAGUAAAUCAAUUUUAAUAUUAUAUUGAUUAUUAUAUUUACUAAAUAAGUCACCAUCCUACUCAGAUUCUUACUCUGUGUCUAUUUUUAAAUCUGAUAAUUUUCCAAUUAAUUGUGAAUUUAGUAUGCUAUCUUUGAUUAUUGACUUAGUACUAAGAUUUGUUAUUUGAGCUUAGCAUAAUAAGAUAUGUAAAUAAUAAUUUACUAAGUGAAUCUUAAGUUAUAUACACUUAGAUUUAAGAUUUGUCCAAUGAUGAGCAUACAGGACUUGUUAACAUGUUCAAUUCCAGCUGUACCCAUUUCAUCAAAACUUUACUCCAGCUCGAUCAAUUCAAAAGGGUUUUUUCCGACACCAUUCAAAUAUUUCAAUUGACAUAAUAAACAAUCAUGAAAAGUA